CUUUACAUCAUGCAGGUUCUCUUGAUACUGACGGCGGUGGUUGCCACCACUAUCGCUUCUGAUACAUUUUACGAUAGAUACACUAAAUUCUUCAAGGAAACACUGCCAAACAGCCCUUACUUGUUAAAUCUAUGGAAGGAGCAUCUGAAGAACUAUACGGAACUUGUAGAAACAGACAGCAAACUUCAACAGACACGAGCAGUUCAUCGUUACCCUAUUCCAUCUUUUGAUUGUCAUACCGAUACACCAUGGGGUGGACGUGAAGCCACCAAAGUACAUGAAGUUCACCCUGGUGAUAUAACAGUUGUAGCAGCUCUUGGAGAUUCUCUAACAGCUGGUAAUGGUGUAGAUGCCACUACUAUUAUUGGUGAUCUGAUCGAAUAUCGUGGUUUAUCUUGGAGUAUCGGUGGAGAUGGUUCACUUGCAAGCGGAGAACUUACUUUACCUAAUAUAUUAAAGAAGUUCGGUAGAAAUCUGUAUGGUUAUUCUACUGGGACGGGGCCAAGAACUGGUUCUAAUUCUAAGUUUAAUGUGGCUGAUCCAGGCGAUAUUUCACAUGAUAUGCCAGCACAGGCUAUAAUGUUGGUUAAUAGAAUGCGAGCCGAUGCAAACGUAAAUUUUUUGAAGGAUUGGAAGAUCAUUACUUUAUUCGUCGGGGGCAAUGAUUUGUGUUCUUAUUGUCAUGAUAAGAAUAAAUAUAGUGCUCAAACCUACACUGCUAACAUUCAACAAGCACUGGAUACUCUUCACAGUCAAGUACCAAGGGCCUUUGUUAACCUGGUUCCUAUUUUUGACAUCGCUCCUGUUGCAGCACUUAGUUCUGGUUUCUUCUGUACUUUUGUCCACGCUCUUGUAUGUGAUUGUGGUCAUGAUAAGAAUAAUGCCGCCAUGUUGAAACAAGUAUCUAUAGAAUAUCAACAAGGUUUAGAACAGUUGGUUGCUACUGGUAGAUAUGAUACUCGGGACGAUUUUACUGUUGUUAUUCAACCUUUCUUUAAAAAUACAGAACCACCCAUGGACGGAAAUAAAGGAGACAUCGACAUGACGUAUUUUUCUGCUGAUUGUUUUCACUUUAGUGGUAAAGGUCACGGAGCUGCUGCUCUUUCACUGUGGAAUAAUAUGUUGGAAUCUCCUGGACACAAACAAGAAGAAUGGCAUCUAGAUCAACCAUUCCACUGUCCGGGUACUCAUAAUGGUCAUGAUCAUUGGUAUUUCACCACCAACAAAAACUAAAAUGUGAUCAAGCAACUUAAAUUAUUCUUGAAAUAAAGAAAAAUGAAAACCCUCUCUUCAUCUUUAUGGCUAUUUGUCAGAUAUUGGCAGUGAGUGGAAAA